AUUUUGAUAAUAAUUCAUACAAUAAAAAGGUCUUGUUCUUAGUUUGAUAGAGUUCUCUAAGAUGACUGUGUAGCCUACUAGACCCUGAUUUCCUUCCCAGCUACAGCAAAAUGACGGACCUCAGUAGAUUAUAUUCAGAUGACGUCUCAUCCUCUCAAAGUGAAGAUUUCAACAGAGCACAUGCGGAGGAGGAUCCUACAAAAAUUCAUGAUGAUGACAAUGAGGACUCAAGCUUCUCUUCUCAUGAUCAGGGCAGUUCAGCCAAGCAGAAGGAAAACACGGAAGCUGAGAAGACUAAAAAAAGCAUCUUUCUGAAACCAUGGACUGGUGUGUUGAAGAAAUGGAAGAAGGCUGAUUCUGAAUCACUUUCAACAUCUUCAGGGGGAUUUAAAAUACUACCUAACGGCACAAGAUGUAGUCCGCCUGUUUCUCCAUCACUGGACAGAAAUCAUUGGCAUGCGCGAGAUGUGCUUUCUGGUAACCUCAAGCCAAACUUCCCCCCAGGUUCAGUGGGGUACACAUAUGACACCCUCGAAUCUGAACUGACCAGUAUCCAUCCGGCAGAGUACUACGCUGAGAAGUUAGAAGUAUACCAGUUAAAAUACUCCUACCUGAAGUCUUGGCCUGGCCUCUUAAGGCUGCUCGCUGGCCUUCAACUUGUAUUCGGUGGGAUGGUUCUUGCCUGUGUAUGUGCAUAUAUUCAGAGAGACAGUGAGUGGUCCAACUAUUACAGGCCAAAUUAUGGAUUCACUGAUGUGAAAGGAUACCGUUACACUGGACCCAUGACAACCUUUGUGUUGGUCAUUGUUGGACUCUCAUGGAUGCUGACCGUUAUCCUGAUGGUUUUGGGAUUAACAAUGUAUUACCGAACGAUCCUUCUGGAUUCCAAAUGGUGGCCUCUCACCGAGGCUGUUAUGAACCUAGUCCUUUCGUUGUUGUACAUGGCAGCGGGAAUCGUCUACGUGAAUGAUUUGAAUCGUGGUGGGCUUUGCUUCAUGACGGUUGGCGUCAACCCAGUCCUGUCUAAUCUGUGUCGUGUUGAGGGGGGUCAGAUGGCUGGGACUUCGUUUAUAUUUAUUAACAUGCUCAUGUACUUGAUAAGCUUCCUGGCAUGUCUUAAAAUGUGGAAUCAUGAAGCCGCCCGCCGUCAGAGGGAGGCCAUGACCAGCCAGCUGAACAGCAAGUUACAGCAGCAGACUCUGAAAUCCACAUCCAAUAUGGGCAGCUCCUCGACUAGAUCCAAGAAAAUUUCCUUCAAAGAUGAAAUGGAUCAAAGCUUUGUGAAUGAGAGCAGGCUGGCUUAUGUCUCAGAGAGAGCUGAAGAGCGAAAGAUUUUAACUGGAGCUAUUCCAAUUGGACACAUUCCUAAACCCAGAGUCAUCGCUGAUUUUAUAAUAAAAUAUCCUGAAAUUCAUUCAAUAGAAGACAGAGAGCAAUACAAAGCAGUCUUUAAUGACCAAUACCAGGAGUACAAGGAACUGCACAGAGAGAUCACAGCCACAUUAAUGAAGUUUCAGGAAUUAGACACCAUGAUGAGCCGACUCAUCAAUAACAAGAGAAACCCUGAGGAGAGAAAGAGAAUCAAUGGCUUACUGAAAACAUAUGAGCAAAAAAAGAACGAUCCCUACUUUCUGGAGAAGAAGGAACGGUGUGAAUAUCUAAAAGCAAAACUAAGCCACAUCAAGAUGAGGAUUCGUGAUUUUGAUUCCACUUGACUCCAUUUGAACCCAUAAAAUUCCACUCAGUAUGACAGCCCACCUCAGUACAGUCCACACUACAUUGCCCCAUCAAAUAUGUACACAUCCAGAAGUGUCUACUCUCAAAGGAGCGAGUAUGGCUUAUUCUCUUCAGUGCCUGAUGCUCCUCAAAUGGAGGGAAACCCUCAGCACUUCUACAGAUGGUUCUCACCCCCUGGCAUCGUGAAAACUAUGGAGGGACUGACGGCUCUGCUCUGUUUUGUUAUUUUUGCCUGUGUUGCUUCCACUCUAGUUUGGGAUAUGCAUGGCUACGAGGGCAGUAUCGGGGCCUAUGUUGCUGGAUCUGGGGGCUAUGGCAUGGGAUCUGGGUAUUAUGGAGGAACCUAUGGCUAUCAAAGCUCUUACAUGACACCCUACUCAGCAAAGUCAGCCAUGAUCUCAAUGGCAGCCCUUAAUUUUGUAAUAUCUUUGGCCAUCUUAGUGGUUAGUUUCUCAAAGUUAUGGUGUGUGCGCGGAAAAACGUUUUACCUGACGGUUUUUGUGGUGGACGUGGUUCUGGCGAUUCUUCAGUGUAUUAUAGACAUCAUAUUCGUCAUUGGGGUGAAUCCCAUGGCCCAGAGUUCACAAAGCAUCUUGUACAACCCGAUCCUGAUGAUGUGUCAGACCUCAUUAGGGAAUCCCAGCAUCAGCGCUGGAGUCGGCACAGGCUUCCCGGGUGCAUAUCCAUCCUUAAAUCGAUAUCUCUACCACUACUGCUUCAUGGAUCCUGAGGAGGCUGUGGCUCUGGUUUGUGGGCUGUUUGUCAUGAUUGCUCUGGCUGUUGCAGCCUAUUUUGCCUAUAAGACUCGAAGCAAAAUAUGGCAUCAUGGCAAACCUAAUAUCUACUGGGAGGAACCACCUAUCCUCAAAACAGACAGGACCCAGAAUUCACAAGACUGGCGAAACACUCAAUACACCCCCACUGUGGUUUUAUCAGAGGCUUCCCCUCACCUGAAAGCAGAGAACAGCUUCACCUCCUACACUGAGGGAACAGUGAGCGUCUACAGCGAGGCUGCAUACAAAAGCAACGUGUAUUCUGAGAACGUGAACAGCUGCUCCCCGGAGCCGUUGUACCAGAAUCGGUGGAUGAGCCCCAGCCCUGUGGAGGAGGUUGAGGUGCAAAGCAGCUCAGUGCAAGAGAAACCGGAAACGUACGAGGUUGAGGAUGUUCUCUGUGAGACGGGCUACACCACUGGUGGAGAUUCAGCCACUGAAUUACACACAUAUGAGAUGGAGGACUCUUAUUCAGAAAUUUCAACAGAUGAACAGCGCAGACAGUACAAGAAACAGUUUGAUGUCACCCUCGCCGUUUACAAGAACCUUUGUGCAGAAAUGGAUGAUAUCAGUGAUCAAAUGAAUAAACUGAGCCGAGAGCUAGACACCCUCCAUGAGGAGUCCACCAAGUUCCAGGCUGUAGCUGAUGAAUAUAAUCGACUAAAGGAUCUGAAGCGGUCUCCAGAAUACCAGGCCAAGAAGCUCCGGUGUAAGAAGCUAAGGCAGGAACUGUGUCAAAUCAAGCAACUAGUGAAAAAUUAUGACAGAGCCUUUACAAGGAGAGAGAAGACUAAUGUUUCUGAUCCUCAGGAUUUCUUUGUUUGAAACUGUACACAUGUAUGCACGUCCAACGUAUACAUCACUGUCGGUAUAGGCUUUUAUAAGCCGAGUAAGUGGUGUCUGUAAAGUGGUAUUGUAAAUAUUUUCAAUGUUCCUGUAAAAUUCAAUGAUCUUUGCAAUUUGAAUAUAAAAACUCCAAUAGGAAACAUUUCC